UCCUGUACACUCCGGGUUCUUACUGUUAUCCCGUUCUUUCCAGGUUGGACCUGCUGCUGAGUGACCGUCUAUUCCUGCGGGCUUUUGUUAGUCUGGAUUUUAUCUCUGGAGCCGAAAUAUUUAUUAAAACGGUUUUUUUAAGGGUUGAUUCUAUUUUUUUUUAUUUGAGCAAGAUGGGCUGCGCUGGAUUCACCUGCUCCAAACACUCCCUGUGCGUGCUCAACAUCCUCUAUGUGAUGGUGAGCCUGCUGAUGAUCGGCAUCGCAGCGUGGGGCAAGUGUUUGGGUCUGGUCUCCAGUUUCCAGGUGGUGGGGGGCAUCAUCGGCGUGGGGGUCUUCCUGUUCUUCGUGGCCCUGGCCGGCCUCAUCGGGGCCAUGAAGCAUCACCAGGUCCUGCUCUUCUUUUACAUGAUCGUCCUGUUCAUGGUCUUCAUUGUGCAGUUCUCUGUUUCCAGUGCCUGCUUAGCCAUCAACAGAGAGCAGCAGGACCAGUUGCUGGGUGGGUGGAACAACUCUCAGAGCCCUCAGAGGGACGUGGAGAAGAGUCUCAACUGCUGUGGCUCGACAGGUGGAGACCAGCUCAGCUGUGACGCUGCCUGCUUCCCCAACAACUCGUGCUCGCCGUGCGCGGACAAGAUCCAGGAACAUGCUGGGGAGGUGCUUCGCUUUGUAGGAGGGAUCGGACUCUUUUUCAGCUUCACCGAGAUUCUGGGAGUCUGGCUCACUUAUCGCUACAGGAACCAGAAGGACCCCCGAGCCAACCCCAGCGCUUUCCUGUGAGCCCUCUGCACCUCCAUGGGCCGUCUCUGGGCUCUACCUGUACAUACCUGACUCACCUGUGUGUUGGAACUUCUCUGGGGGUAUACCUGUACAUACCUGACUCACCUGUGUGUGUCUCACUGACUGUUGCACCCAUGCUCUUAUAAUGUCCUGUGUUUGGUUGUACAAGAGUGCACACAUGUUGCCUCCAGUGUGACAGCUCUGUCUGAACAUUUACUACUAGUACACUGAGCACUGGGUGUAAAUAGAGGCAAUACUGUCUACUGCUGUAUAUUCCAAAGUAUUAUUAUUAUUAUAUUCAGAAUUUAUGCAGCCUGCCUGAUGUUGACCCUGUU